CUCGGAGCACAGUGGCCAGGAGUGGGGCCCGUGCGCCCUUGCUCCAUCAACUCGGGCAGCGAGGCCAGGAGGGCGAGUUCCUGCUUUUCUGCUCCCCCCCUCGCCCUCCUGCUGCUCCCCCCACUCUCUCCCACGGUCUCCACCGCCUCCCAGAAAUGCACCUCCUCUCCCUGGACUCUCAUCCUCGAGUCCUGGGGCCCUGACAAUCCUUCCACGCCCUGCUUAGAAACGUGUCACUGUCCAUUUCCCUCUGCGAUAUCAAACCAGGCUGCACAGGGUGCGCCGGGCUGAGGGCUGUGCUGAGGCCCUGGCUCGGAGCAGCUGGAACACGAGUUUAUGAAAUUACAGGGAAUUCAAAGCAGCCGGCGUCGCCCGCUGUCUGGCUUCAUUACUGGGACUGGCCUCGGAGGGAGGUUUAUUCCAAUCAGUUAGAGGAUUAGGAUCUGACACCCUUCAUUAGCGAUCUGACGUGAGCCGGGAAGACAGAAGAACCCACACCGGGAAGGAGGCAGCUCCGGAGGGCAAGCAAGGCACCACCCAGCGCGAAAGAGGAAAAGUCUGCAGGGGAGGCACGGGGCGCGCAGCCUCUUCACAGUCCAAUUAGGCGCUGCGCUGGCUUCCGGGAGGGGAAACGGGGCCUGCUGCACCUAGAGGCCUGAGCCUGGGCCUCAGUUUCCCCUUCAACUGAGACGCCCUCCAGCUGUGACGCGUGCGUUUCCCCCAGACAGGGCAGCUCGGUCACCGCUCCUAGAAGCCCAGGCGGUUUGGCCUUGGCGAGGCCCCUCCCGCUUCCCCAAGAUCCAGUGACCGACACCCAAACACUCAGCGUGUGGCAUUGUCGAUCCCAGCCAUUUCCUGCCCCCAGCCCUGGCAGCCUCUGGCUGGCUUCCCAGCCCUUCCACAAACACCGCCGCUGGCGUCCAGUCUGUAGGAACCACAGUCAGGGCUGGGCCUCGACAGCACUUCCGACAGAUGGGUGGGGGAAGGGUGGUGCCAGAGGCCCCUGCCCACACCCAGAGGGACGGUGUCCCUGCCUCCUGCGCUGAGCGGGGGGGCCCAUGGAGCUGUGCAGUCCGGGCCAUGCUUAGAUUCUCUGUGCGUCCUCUCCUCAAACCUGAAUCGGGGCUUGUUGCACGAGUGGAGUGAAAUGGUGCCAAGGGUGACCCUGGCACACAGGGAGACCCAGACACGCGGCAGCCGGUGUCACCGUGGCUGCUCACCGUGCGUGACCUCCAGCAAGCUGCCUGCCCUCUCCUAUUCCAAUCCCCCUCCCCAGACUUGUGCCUAGACGGUGCCUGGCGCGAAGAAAGAGCUCACAGAGGACCGGCCGCAGUGGGUCAUGGGCGAGGGCAGCUUGGCUGGGCAGCGCGAUCCCGAGCCGCUGUCACCGCGUAGAUUUUCCUGGAGCCGACAAGUGUCCAUGGAGGACGAGGAACGUGAUACGUCCCGGGCGCCGGGGAGUGGAGCUCAGCGGCCGCACAGCCCAGCAGGCUGCACUGACUUGGUGGAGGCAGCCACAGCAGCAGCCGCUGCCGCCACCGCCGCCGCCGCCUGAGCAAGGAGACCUGCUGGGGUGGGGAGGGCAGGUGUCUCCAGCCCCGGAGAAGAAGGCCCCGGUGGGCCCCAGCCCCUGGCGUCGUCACAGGGGAGGUCUCUGGCCAUCGCAGUCCGUACCAUGUGGGCCCUGGGGUGCCGCCGCCGGCUCUGGACCCGCUGGGGGCUGCUGCUGCUGCUGCUGCUUGGGGUGCCCCCGCGAGGCCUGGCGCCGCCACCCAUCCGCUAUUCCCAUGCUGGCGUCUGCCCCAACGACAUGAACCCCAACCUCUGGGUGGAUGCACAGAGCACCUGCAAGCGGGAAUGUGAGACCGACCAGGAGUGUGAGACCUACGAGAAGUGCUGUCCCAACGUGUGCGGGACCAAGAGCUGCGUGGCGGCCCGCUACAUGGACGUGAGAGGGAAGAAGGGCCCGGUGGGCAUGCCCAAGGAAGCCACGUGCGACCACUUCAUGUGUCUGCAGCAGGGUUCCGAGUGCGACAUCUGGGACGGGCAGCCCGUGUGCAAGUGCCGAGAUCGCUGCGAGAAGGAGCCCAGCUUCACCUGCGCCUCGGACGGCCUCACCUACUACAACCGCUGCUACAUGGAUGCCGAGGCCUGCUCCAAGGGCAUCACGCUGGCCGUCGUCACCUGCCGCUAUCACUUCACCUGGCCCAACACCAGCCCUCCGCCGCCCGAGACCACCGUGCACCCCACCACGGCCUCCCCCGAGACCCCCGGGCUGGACAUGGCGGCCCCAGCCCUGCUCAACCACCCUGUGCACCAGUCAGUCACGGUGGGUGAGACGGUGAGCUUCCUCUGUGACGUGGUGGGCCGGCCCCGGCCUGAGAUCAGCUGGGAGAAGCAGCUGGAGGAUCGGGAGAACGUGGUCAUGUGGCCCAACCACGUGCGUGGCAACGUGGUGGUCACCAACAUCGCCCAGCUGGUCAUCUACAACGCCCAGCCCCAGGAUGCCGGCAUCUACACAUGCACGGCUCGGAAUGCUGCCGGGGUCCUGAGGGCAGACUUCCCGCUCUCGGUAGUCCGGGGGGGCCAGGCCGCGGCCACCUCCGAGAGCAGCCCCAAUGGCACGGCCUUCCCAGCGGCCGAGUGCCUGCAGCCCCCUGACAGCGAGGACUGCGGCGAGGAGCAGACCCGCUGGCACUUCGACGCCCAGGCCAACAACUGCCUCACCUUCACCUUCGGCCAUUGCCACCGCAACCUCAACCACUUCGAGACCUACGAGGCUUGCGUGCUGGCUUGCAUGAGCGGGCCGCUGGCUGUGUGCAGCCUGCCAGCUCUGCAGGGGCCCUGCAAGGCCUACGCGCCUCGCUGGGCCUACAACAGCCAGACGGGCCAGUGCCAGUCCUUCGUCUACGGUGGCUGCGAGGGCAACGGCAACAACUUCGAGAGCCGCGAGGCCUGCGAGGAGUCGUGCCCGGUCCCCCGUGGCAACCAGCGCUGCCGCGCCUGCAAGCCCCGGCAGAAGCUCGUCACCAGCUUCUGCCGCAGUGACUUCGUCAUCCUGGGCCGGGUCUCUGAGCUGACCGAGGAGCCGGACUCGGGCCGCGCCCUGGUGACCGUGGACGAGGUCCUGAAAGAUGACAAGAUGGGCCUCAAGUUCCUGGGCCGUGAGCCGCUGGAGGUCACCCUGCUGCACGUGGACUGGGCCUGCCCCUGCCCCAACGUGACGGCGGGGGAGACGCCGCUCAUCCUCAUGGGCGACGUGGAGGGCGGCAUGGCCAUGCUGCGGCCUGACAGCUUCGUGGGCGCGGCGAGCGCCCGGCGGGUCCGAAAGCUCCACGAGGUCGUGCACAAGAAGACCUGUGACGUCCUCAAGGAGCUCCUGGCCUUGCCCUGAAGCCCUCCCGCCCUCCCUGCCCCUCCCCCAUAUACCCCCACCCACCCCCGAUGCCCCUUGGUCAGCCGGCCGGGCAAGGUCAGAUCAGACAGUCCUGGGCUAGCAGGGAACUAGCAGUCAGCAUGGCAGGAAAAAAAAACAAAACAAAACAAAAAAAGUCAGCCUGGAGGGGAUGGUCUGAAAUCGACUUCUGUUCUUUGGGUUCAACAGGGGGCCGCACCUGUUUUGAGCCGAGGCCCCCACUCCCCAUCCCUGAGCCAGGCAGUCUAGCUAGGGUUUAAGACACAGCCACAGGCACCGAUGAUGGAUUAGCAUGCAGAGGGAGAAGGUAGGGAGAGAUAGGAGGGCCCAGGGACUUAAUGGGACAAAUUUUCCACCGCGAACACAGACCACUUGGUGCUAGGGGUCAUGGGCAGUGGGAGGCCAGAGACGUAGUCCAACCCAGCAAACGACCUGCCCAGGGUGGGAGCUGCUGGGACAGGUGCCUCUGGGUGGUCAGCCCAUGCCCCUGGGGCCACCGUGGCGUUGCACAUCACAGCCUUCUGUUCCUUGGGGGCACUGGGUUGUCGGUUCAGUUCCAUUCAAUUCUGGGGCCAGGUGCUAGAUCACAGGGCGAUGCUGUCACCGCUCUCCGUGCCCGGACACGGAGCUGGGAUCCCCAGGCUGGCCCUCUCAGCUGUCAAGCGCUCCCAUCACGUGCCCCUGGCUUCCUUCACGCACAGCAGACAAGGCCAAGGCCAGGGUCUGUCCUGCUAGUGAGAGGAAUGCAGGAAAAAGCCGGCAGGCGCCGGAGAGGAGGGGAGCCAGGCUUGGGAAGGGAGCAACAUUGCUCGAUGCUUCCACCUGGUGGUGGCCUCGGGAGCCCGCGGGGACCUGGAAGGAGGUGCUAGGGGAGGUGAUUCUUUUGUUUCCAGGAUUUUGUGUGGGCCCCAGGCACCCCGGCACUAGAAAGAUUUGGGAACCCCACUAUCAGCUCUGCAUCUGCGCCUCAUCCCAUCCUCAGCCCUUCCCCGUCCCUGCCCCUGCAAAGCUGAAGAAGGGCAGGUGGGGCAGCCUCCUUCUAGCUCGGAUACUGGCAUGGAGGCACCGAUUAAAAGGUCAUUGUAUCCACA